AUGGCGGCUGCUGACUGGCCUCAAACGCUCAAUAGCUUCGGAGACGUCCAUUACUUUUACGGCCCGCCGACGAGUAACCCGCCGCACCACCGCUUCGACAAGGGAUCCUACGUCUACCUCUUUGAGAACGCAAACGACCGCCGCGCGCGCAUUGAGAUUGCCAACCAACCCGGCGGCGAAGAUCAAGAUGCCUUUGACGGAUUCCUCGACAAGACGCACGUACGAUACUCCUACAACCACCAGUGCAUGGUAACCCUCAUCGUAGGCGAGACGACGGACCCGAUGGAAUGGCACUUGCCUACCUACGACCCCCAGAACCAGAACAAGUACCACUACAAGCUCCACUCCCUCGAUAUCUAUUUCUGGAAGGCCGACGACGCCCUCCAGUUCGUCAACGGCAUCCGCUUCGUCCUCCCGCCCGCGCAGGUCGAGAUCCUCGACGAACCCCAGCAGCAACAGCAACAUGUCCAGCAGCACACGCAACACCAACCCGUGAGCUCCGUCGUCCAACAACUCGAACACGUCGCGAUAUCAGACCCAAGUUACGGCUCCCCAAGGGGCUCUUCUGCACAGCAGCAGCAGAACGGCUCAGCCUUUGCCGGGCCACCUACCUCGGCCGUAGCCGCCGCCGCACCGCAAGCCCAGCAACAACAACAAGAGCAGCCAGCAAGCUUUGUCCCAAUGGCAUACAACCCUGCCGCCCCCGCCGCCCCAGAAACAAUCCGCCACAGAGAAAAGACCCCGCCCCCCGAAGACGGCGUCGCGGACCCGCUCGCCGCGGCCGUCGCCUACGACGCGCAGGCCCCGUUCUCGCCGGGCUUCGUGCCCCCUCCCGGGUUCCAGAGCGCACACGGACUGGGACACGGGGCCAUCGGCCUGCCCCCGCCUCCUCCACCGCCGCAAUUCGGUGGUCCCCCAGGCCAACCCGUCCUCCAACGCGCGGUGACGAUGCCAGCGCAAGCCAUACACGGUGGCCUCGCGUCACCGGGCCUAGCAAACCCGUACGGAAGCCCGUUCCCUUCGUCCCCUGGCUUCGCGCCGCCGCCCCCUCCGCCAUCUUCUCAGCCGCCUCAACUGCAACAGCCGCAACCGCAGACACAGACGCAGACGCAGACGCAGCAGGGAACACCUCAACCGCAAGCCGCCGCCGUCCACGCCCCUCCGACACCGCCUUCAACGACUUCCGCCGCGUCCGCGCCGCCUGCGGCUGGAGCACCAAUGUCGCCUCCACCUGGCGGGUUCUCGCAGUACUCGUAUAGCAGCAGCAACGGACAGCAGCAGCAACAGCAGCCGGGAGCGUUUGAUUACUCCAUCCACCAGCAGGCGUAUCGGCCUACGGAGAUGGAGGCGAGCAAGUAUAAGGGGUACACGGGCAAGCAGGACCCCUCGGGGAGGUUGGAGGCUAAUGUUGGGAGGUUGGAGAAGGGCGUUACGGGGAUGUUUAGGAAGUUUGAGAAGAAGUUUGGGUAA